CAUCAAUCUCGAACAGAUUUUCGGUGUAAUAUAUGGAAAGGCACUAUACUUAGUCCUAUCUGCAAGUUCAGAUGCCAUAAAGGCGAGUUAUUGUGACACAUACACAAUUUGCAUGUCAUAGCCCUCCGAAAACUGCUCACUUGGGGACAAACACGAGCUGCUGGACUACAUUUCCCGGGAGGCACUGCGAUAUACCCCCUCCUAGACGUCCCAUGAGUCUCUGGGCUCAGAACCCAGCCUCCGCCGCUGAGGGCGGGGCAACGCCGGAGUGCCGGAUUACGCACUUCCUCCUGGGGUUCGGAGGCCGAACCCUUUAGUGGCGGGUUCGAGUCCCGCCCCCUGACUCUCGGCUCUAGACCCUAGGUCUAGGGCGGGGUACAUUUUGCCGGGUUACCUCUCCUGGCUGAGGGGCAACGGCACACCUCGGGCUUUACCAUGGAGGACUACCUGCAGGACUGUCGAGCCGCUUUGCAGGAGUCCAGGCCUCUACAUGUCGUGCUGGGAAAUGAAGCCUGCGACUUAGACUCCAUGGUGUCUGCUCUCGCCUUGGCCUUCUACCUAACAAAGACGUCUGAAGCAGAAGACAUCUUUAUCCCAGUUUUAAAUAUAAAGCGUUCUGACCUUCCUCUGCGAGGGGACAAUGUCUUCUUCCUCCAGGAGGUUAAGAUUCCAGAGCCAGCGCUGAUCUUCCGGGACGAGAUUGACCUCCUAGCUCUGCACCAGGCUGGCCAGCUCACCCUCAUCCUUGUUGACCACCAUAUUUUACCCAAAAGCGACGCAGCUCUGGAGGAGGCCGUAGCAGAGGUGCUGGACCACCGACCAAUUGAGCAGAAAUACUGUCCUCCCUGUCACGUUUCAGUUGAGCUGGUGGGGUCCUGUGCUACCCUGGUGACAGAGAGAAUCCUGCAGGGGGCACCAGAGACCUUGGACAGACAAACUGCAGCCCUACUGCAUGGAACCAUCAUCCUGGACUGUGUCAACAUGGAUACCAACAUUGGGAAGGCAACCCCAAAGGACAGCAAGUAUGUGGAAGAACUGGAAGCCCUUUUCCCAGAUCUGCCCAGAAGAAAGGACAUCUUUGAUUCCCUGCAGAAGGCCAAGUUUGACGUCUCAGGACUGACCACUGAGCAGAUGCUCAGAAAGGACCAGAAGACAAUCUACAGACAGGGCACCAAGGUGGCAAUCAGUGCAAUCUACAUGGACUUGGAGGCCUUUCUGCAGCGGACAGACCUCUUCACAGAUCUCAGUGCUUUCUGCCAUGAUCACAGCUAUGAUGCCCUGAUUGCCAUGACUAUCUUUUUCAACACUGACAAUGAGCCAGUACGGCAAUUAGCUAUCUUCUGUCCACACGAGGCACUUCGAAUGACAAUCUGUGGCGUCCUGGAACGGUCCACCUCCCCACCCCUGAAGCUGACACCUUUCCCAAGCACCUCUCCUAACCUCCAGGCCUAUCGCCAAGGCAACACCCAGGUCUCUCGGAAGAAGCUGCUGCCUGUGCUCCAGGAAGCCCUCUCCGAAUAUCUUGACUCAGCGAAGAUGGCUUCAGGGCAGUCUGAGGUAGCUGUGGGUAUGUCUAGGGAGCAGGUGGACAAGGAAUUGGACAAGGCAAGUAACUCCCUGAUUUCUGGGCUGAGUCAAGAUGAGGAAGACCCGCCACUGCCACCCACGCCCAUGAACAGCUUGGUGGAUGAGUGCCCUCUGGAUCAGGGGCUGCCCAAGUUCUCCGCUGAAGCUGUCUUUGAGAAGUGCAGUCAGAUCUCACUCUCCCAGUCUGCCAGAGCCUGCCCAUCAAAUAAGUGACCACUGGAAGCAGGGUGGGGAAGUGUGGAGGAGGUGACUGGCCUGCCUCAAAUGCAUGUUUUGAGAUGUUUGACCACUUCAGCAACUACGUCAGUGGCUUCAGGAUCGGGUGCACUGUUCUCAUAACCUUGAGAGGAGAAAGAGAGCGGCUGCUGUAGGGACAGCUCUCUGCCUCUCCUCUCCUGGCUCUACCAGUCAGACAAGGUUUAUUUAAUUUUAUUAUUUAAUCUGCACUGAUUUUCCUGUCUUUGGUGGGUACAGUGUGAUAGGACCACUGUCCUGGCAGAGCAGGACUAAAGGAAUGUAGGCCCUGUCUCAGUGUCUUCAGAAGGACUGUGAACAGAGGCAGCGUCUGCCAUGAAACCAGUUCACCGCUCCUCUCCAUGAAUUGACCUUUUCAAUUUUUUUAAAGUUAUUUUUGAGACAGAGCCUCAUGUAGCCCAGGCUGGCCUUGAGCUCUGUAUGUAUCUGAGGCUAGUCCUGAAUUCCUAACUCUCCUGAGUGCUGAGAUUGUCAAGCACUGCAUUAUACCUGGCUGGUCUCUUGUCUUGACUUCCUAUAUCUUUGGCUCCUUCUGUCUCAGAAUGAUGGGAAGCCUGAAGGGGACCUGAGGACUGAGGUCCUUGCCUUCUCCUGGCACCUGGGGUGGCCAUGGGACCUCAGAGGCAUUUUUGCCAAGAGGGCAAAACCUGACUGAGCCCUGGAUAUCCCCCGUCUUAGUGGGUCUGGCAAGGUCUUGUCAGUCUUUUUCUGGCUUUGCUCAAGUUGAAGAAUGCGUGGAGAGUCUUCUGGUGAGACAGCCGCUGUCCCGGGUCCCAUUUCCCCACCUGUAACUGAGGUUAGGGAAAGAUGUGCCCUUCCUUCCUCCCAGCCUUUACUUUCCUUUUGUCCUCCCUGGGAGCGUUCGCGCUCUGGGUCACUGGAUUGUUUCGUGUCUAUGUGUGAUUGUACCAAGGAACUUAGCCUCAUGUAGCAUGUACAGGGUUGUAAUGGUGACCCAGCAGCGAGCUCUCUCCCAGUAACUUGUUCCGCAUGUGUAGUCUCCCCUCGCCUCCCCCACCUCCCAUUCCCCUUUUUUCCAAUCAAGCUGUUUCCCCUGUUUUUACCCUAUAUAAGUUGCAAACAAUAUCGCUGAACAGUAGGGUGUGUGGUGGUUUGGGGCAGUCUGACUUCACUUUAGUGUAUGACGUCUGUAGCCAAUGGGAACGUGAAAUAUUGGUGCGAUCACUGAACCAAAGGGAUUGUGUUCUGUGACUUUGGUACUUUGUUUUGCAUUUUUGUUUCAUAUUAAAUACUUUCUUUCUGUUUGA